CUUCCCCGGAUUGCUUAUCAUCGCUCUUACUGUCGCCUUAACUCUCCUUGAACUUCUUGACAACCUUGUCUCGACAUCAAAAAAGGACCGAAUGCUCAUGCUCAUGCUUAUCGCUGGACAUUCCGAAAGCGCGAGACGGCUUCACAGAUUUUAGGUGCAUCUCAACAGUGAUUUUUGCAUAUCUUGAGCCCUCAUAUCCAACUCGGCAACUAUUUCCACAUCCCACAUUCAUUAGAGUUCUUCCUCUCUUUCCUGAAAGCGCCACCCUCUCAUGGCCAGGGCUUGUCGGUUCAACGUUUGCGGGGAAGGGGGGGCGACGCAAGUCAGUCACUACUGUGCCGACCCGCAGGAAAACCAUUGGAUACAAAUGCCCGCCUGUAUCGAGAGAUGGAGGUGUCAUGGAUGGAAAUCUAGGGUCUUAUGGGAAUCAUCGAAUGGCAAUGGCGGGAUGGUUACAUCUCUCCACAAAUCUUACCCUUGCUAAUAUAGUUACGUCGACGGCGUGCCCUCGACACUGACACUGCUGCGAGUGCUGUAGCAUGCGCAAGUGCUGGUGCUGGAAUCCUGGGAAGGGUCGGACUCCUUCGUCAAGGAUCGCAGCAAGGCCUGCUGACCAGAACCCAAUCAUGAAGCUUUGUUUGGUCGAUCUUAUCCUCGUACAGACCAGAUGGUAGCACAAGGCUACAUGGUACCCUGAAGCUUUCCUCAGUGAGGGGUUCCAGUCGUGGUUCUUGUCUGGGGUUCUUAACUCGAUCUGCAGCAUUCUUUUGUUACGAUGCUUUGUUAGCUAUAAGAGCUAUUGAUUCCCCCCGGUUUUCCCUCACAUUCUUUUCUUCAUACAGACUUCAAGUUUUGGAUUUAUCGAACAGUCUUCAAUAUGGGCCUCGCUCUGAAAAAGCCUGAGGGCGUUCCUGGCAGAUCAUGGCCUGCUAUUGUCAUCGGUUUGUUUGUGGCCUUUGGAGGUGUGCUUUUUGGAUAUGAUACUGGAACAAUCAGUGGCAUAUUGGCCAUGGAUUACUGGCGAAACGAAUUCAGCACCGGAUACAAAAACUCUGAUAACAACCCUGAUGUUAGCCCUUCGCAGACCUCGUUGAUCGUGUCCAUCCUCUCAGCUGGUACCUUUUUCGGUGCACUCUGGGCAGCUCCAUCUGCAGACUUUCUCGGAAGACGGAUGGCUUUGAUCGCUGCAUGCUGGGUCUUCAACCUCGGCGUCAUCUUGCAGACUGCCGCAACCGAACUACCAAUGUUCAUUGCUGGACGUUUCUUUGCUGGGUUCGGUGUUGGAAUGGUCUCUGCCCUGAUUCCUCUCUACCAGUCCGAAACAGCACCAAAGUGGAUUCGAGGUGUGAUUGUUGGCUCUUACCAAUUCGCCAUCACCGUCGGGCUUCUCCUCGCUGCUAUUGUUGACAAUGCUACAAAGGAUCGUGACGAUACUGGCUCAUACCGGAUCCCUAUCGCUGUUCAAUUCGCCUGGUCCCUGAUCCUCAUCAUUGGAAUGCUUAUCCUUCCUGAGACACCUCGUUUCCUCAUCAAGCGAGGCAGACCAGAAAAAGCCGCGCAAGCUCUCGCAAAGAUCAGACGUCUCCCCAUUGACCACGCUGCUAUUCAGGACGAGCUAGGCGAGAUCCAAGCCAACCAUGAAUACGAACUCAGUCUGGGAAAAUCAUCAUAUAUCGACUGUUUCCGCGGCAAGGUCUUCAAGAGACUCUUGACAGGUUGUCUCCUUCAAGCGCUGCAACAAUUGACUGGGAUUAAUUUCAUCUUCUACUAUGGAACGCAAUUUUUCAAGAACACGGGCAUCACGAAUCCCUUCAUCAUCAGCAUGAUUACCAGUGCCGUCAACGUCUCCUCAACCCUUCCCGGAUUAUACGCCAUCGACAAAUGGGGUAGACGGCCGUUGUUGUUCUGGGGAGCAAUUGGAAUGACAGUCAGUCAACUCCUCGUUGCCGUCCUCGGCACCACAAGCACGGGUCAAAACCCCGAGACAGGAGCUGUCUUCUCCACGAACUUGGCAUCACAGAAAGCAUCAAUCGCAUUCGUGUGCAUCUAUAUCUUCUUCUUUGCUUCUACCUGGGGUCCAAUCGCAUGGGUAGUAACAGGCGAGAUCUUCCCUCUCAAAGUCCGAGCCAAGGCUCUCUCUAUGACGACUGCCACGAACUGGCUUCUCAACUGGGCUAUUGCAUACAGUACUCCCUACCUCGUAAAUUGGUAAGCCAAUCCUCCCUCCCCUUCCUCCCCUCCCUCUCCACCACACACACGUAUCAGCCCACCCCACUAGAAACCCCAUCAACUAACACGCACCUCCCAACACCCCAGGGGCAAAGGGAACGCCAACCUCCAAGCCAAAAUCUUCUUCAUCUGGUUCGCGUGCUGCUUCCUCUGCAUCACCUUCGUCUACUUCAUGAUCUACGAGACCAAGGGCCUCACACUCGAACAAGUCGACGAGCUGUACGAUGAGGUCACUGUCGCGAGGAAGAGCGUGCAUUGGAAGCCUACUACGACGUUUAGGACGAUUAGGGCCAGUAUGGCGCAGCAGGGUGGGUUGGGUGGUGGUGGUGGUCAUGGUGGGGAGAAGGUCGUUGGGGUGGGGGGUGAGACGGAGAAGGUUGAGGGGAGGGAGUAUAGGGCUGAGGAUGAGAGUUAGGAUUGAGUUGAGUAUGUGUUUGGGGUGCGAAAUUGAGUAGGGGGAUUAGGAUGAGGAUGAGGAUGAUGCUGAUGAGUUUCUUUUUCUGCCGUGUACUUAGUUCAUUGACUUGGGAGCUGUGAAGAGGCUGGAGAGAAGUGAGCGGAAUA